AUGAGAACCAAAAAGAUCUCGACAGUCUUUUUUCCUGCUUGCAAUAUUUGCCACCACCAACGCCCAUGUACGCGUAGUGCCCAACCCCAACCCAGGCCGAUAGUCAAGUUACCAUCGAGCCACAUCACACAUCUCAAAUUCCUGGCACUGAGACAUGUCCUAUCACUGCCAGCACGGCAUCGAUUUCCCCUCACUGUCUUGGAGACGCACAUCUUGCUUCCCCUUCCUUGUGGAAACGAGCAAACAAUUACACUUUGCUGCAAUGAUAUCUUUGCGAGGAUCAAUUGGUGCACAAAGGAGCGCUCACUGGUCGUUGGCUCCGAGCUCAUAGCAGAGGAAGGUGUCACGGAAUGUCACGCACUUUGGGGCGCGUACUCUGAUUGGCUGUUGGAGAUUGUAUGGAUGUUCCCCAUAAUAUAA